UCUGAGCAAAGACACCAAACAGCAGAAAAUGUCCAAGGCGAAGGUUUCUGAGUCGGUGAAGGUGGUGGUUAGGUGCCGCCCGAUGAACGGGAAGGAAGAGGCGGCUGGAUGUGAGCGGAUUGUGGAGAUGGAUGUGAACCUGGGACAGGUGUCUAUCCGAAACCCCAAAGGCAGUCCCACCGAGCUGGCCAAGAGCUUCAGGUUUGAUGCGGUCUAUGAGAGCAGCUGCCGGCAGAGUGAGCUCUAUGAUGAGACAGUCCGCCCUCUGGUAGACUCAGUGCUGCAGGGAUUCAAUGGCACCGUGUUCGCUUAUGGACAGACAGGCACCGGCAAAACCUACACCAUGCAGGGGGUGUGGGCCGAGCCGGAGAAAAGAGGCAUCAUCCCCAACUCAUUCGAACACAUCUUCACUCAUAUCUCGCGGUCCCAGGACCAGCAGUACCUGGUGAGGGCUUCCUACCUAGAGAUUUACCAGGAGGAGAUCCGGGAUCUCCUCAACAAAGAUGAGAACAAAAAGCUGGAGCUGAAAGAAAAACCAGAAACUGGGGUUUACAUUAAAGACCUAUCAUCAUUCGUAACUAAAAAUGUCAAGGAAAUAGAACAUGUAAUGAAUGUUGGAAACCAGACUAGAUCAGUGGCAUCUACCAAUAUGAAUGAAUACAGCUCACGAUCUCAUGCCAUUUUUGUUGUUACUGUGGAGUGCAGUGAACUUGGACUGGACGGUGAAAAUCACAUCAGAGUGGGCAAGUUGAAUCUGGUUGAUCUUGCUGGUAGUGAGCGGCAGAGCAAAACUGGAGUCCAGGGAGAGCGUUUGAAAGAAGCUACUAAAAUCAAUCUUUCUCUUUCUGCUUUGGGUAAUGUAAUAUCAGCACUGGUGGAUGGCAAGAGUACUCACAUUCCUUACAGAGACUCGAAACUAACCCGCCUAUUGGAAGACUCUUUAGGUGGUAAUGCAAAGACAAUUAUGGUGGCCACUAUUGGCCCAGCAUCAUGCAACUAUGAAGAGAGCUUAAUAACAUUGAGGUAUGCCAACAGAACCAAGAACAUUAAAAACAAGCCAAGGAUUAAUGAAGACCCCAAAGAUGCUUUGUUGAGAGAAUUUCAAGAAGAGAUUGCACGAUUGAAGGCCCAGUUGGAGAGAAGAGGAAUGUUGAGCAAAAAAAGAAGAAAAAGCCAAAGGAAAAUCAUUCUGGAGGGUGAAGAGAUAACAGAAGAAGGAGAGGAGAUUGAAGAUAACAUUGAGAAAGACAUGGAAAAUUAUCUCAAAGAACAAAAAGAGACAUUAGAAAAAGAAAAGGUAGCAAUCCAAGAUGAUCAUAAUUUGGUGGCAGAAGAGAAACAGAAAUUGUUAGAAGAGAAAGAAAAAAUGAUGGAAGAUCUGAAGAAGGAGCAAGAAGCCACAGAACAGCUAGCAGCCAAAUUUAAGGCGAUGGAAAGCAAGCUGCUCAUUGGAGGCAAGAACAUCAUGGAUCAUACGAAUGAACAGCAAAAAAUGCUAGAGCAGAAGAGACAAGAAAUUGCAGAGCAGAAACGGAGAGAGAGAGAAAUACAACAGCAGAUGUUGCUGCGAGAUGAGGAGACAAUGGAACUAAAAGACACCUACACCUCGCUCCAACAAGAAGUUGAAAUUAAAACCAAGAAGCUGAAAAAGGUGAGAAAAAAACUCUUUGCAAAACUUCAGGCGGUGAAGACUGAGAUUCAGGAUCUACAUGAUGAACAUGUGAGGGAGCGACAGGAUCUGGAACACACACAGAACGAACUGACACGAGAACUUAAACUCAAGUACCUGAUUAUUGAGAAUUUUAUUCCACCUGAAGAGAAAAACAAGAUAAUGAACCGGCUAUGUUUUGACUGUGAUGAGGAUCAGUGGAAAUUCCUACCCCUAGUGCCUGCUGAAAGUCACCAAAUGAAGAAAAGGUCUACAUCUGCUGUUGGUUACAAGCGACCAAUCAGUCAGUAUGCUAGAGUUGCUAUGGCAAUGGGUAUUCAUCCCAGAUACCGGGCUGAAAACAUUCUUUUCUUGGAAUUAGACAUGGCAACACCCACAGUGUUUGAGCUGGACAUUCCACGGUCACGGUCACUACAAGGAGCAACUGGAGGACAGCUACACCACAGCAGCUCUGUUCCCCCAGAUCGGUCAGCCAGCACAAGAGUCAGGAAAUCCCGAUCAUGGUCCAGGCCGGAGCGCAGAGUACCUUCCUCCUCCUCCUUCUCCUCAUUAGUUUCAGGCUCACAACUGUUCUCUCAUUCACAUGGGGUGGUGCCACAAUGAGGAAUACUCUCUUAGCUUUGCCUGCUCUCACUUUCCCUUCCUUUCAUCCCAUCUCACUAUAUCUCUGUGUUAAAGGGGUUUGUCUCUCACCUUCACUGAAUAUCACUGGAUUCAACAGUAUCCCACCAGUCUGUCAGCUUGCUGCAUAUCCUUCAUAAUCUGAUGCUCAGUAUUGAAGAGACGUAUUCUGAGACCUGUUGAAGGGAUUGUUAUUCCAUUCAGGCAUUAUCGAAAGUUAUAAAAAAUGUUGUCUGCACUGCCAAGCCUUCAGAUUGUUUCAUAAGAGGAUUAAUGCUUGAAUAAUUGAUUUUUUUUCCUUAUUUUCUUUGCUGAGCCUUGAACUUCAUUCCCAUCUCACCUGUAUGAAACACCCACAUUUACUUUGAAAUCCUGACCUGAAGGAAGAUGUUGGUUCUGUAAUGUAGCAGGUUGUCUGCUAUGUUUGUUUCUACGAACAAUAAUGUUGCUUUGUGAGCUUGUUGGACUUUGUAUCCUAAUUAAAUUGAUGUUCCUAUU